AUGGCCGCGAAGGCAGCAGACCACGUGGGCAGCAGGGAGGAGUUGGAGGUGUCAGUGGAGGCGGGCAACCUCGCCGACGACGACGCAGCGCGGCUAGACGACGACGGGCGGCCGCGGCGGACGGGCACCAUGUGGACGGCGAGCGCGCACAUCAUCACGGCGGUGAUCGGCGCCGGCGUCCUGUCCCUUGCGUGGGCGAUGGCGCAGCUAGGCUGGGCGGUGGGCACCGCCAUGAUGCUGCUCUUCGCCGGCAUCAGCUACUACACCUCCACGCUGCUCGCCGAGUGCUACCGCUGCGGCGCCGGCGACCCGGAGUCGGACGCCGGGACCGGGAAGCGCAACUACACGUACACGGAGGCCGUGCACAGCAUCCUCGGCGGCGCCAAGGUCAGGCUCUGCGGCGUCAUCCAGUACGCCAACCUCGUCGGCAUCGCCAUCGGAUACACCAUCGCCGCCUCCAUCAGCAUGAGGGCGAUCAAGAGGGCGGACUGCUUCCACGUCAGAGGCCACAGGAACCCGUGCCGCGGCUCCAGCAACCCGUACAUGAUCCUCUUCGGCGCCGUCGAGGUCGUCUUCUCGCAGAUACCGGACUUCGACCAGAUAUGGUGGCUCUCCAUCGUCGCCGCCGCCAUGUCCUUCACCUACGCCACCAUCGGACUCGCGCUCGGGAUCGCGCAGACCGUCGCCAACGGUGGGUUCAAGGGCAGCCUCACCGGCGUCGGUGUCGGCGGCGGGGUCACGCCGAUGCAGAAGAACACGAUCAAGGCGCCGCCGCCGUCGGAGGCGACGGUGAUGAAGAAGGCGACGAUGGUGAGCGUGGCGACGACGACGGUGUUCUACAUGCUGUGCGGGUGCAUGGGCUACGCCGCCUUCGGCGACGCGGCGCCGGACAACCUACUCACGGGGUUCGGCUUCUACGAGCCCUUCUGGCUCCUCGACAUCGCCAACGUCGCCAUCGUCGUGCACCUCGUCGGGGCCUACCAGGUCUUCUGCCAGCCGCUCUUCGCCUUCGUCGAGAAGUGGGCGGCGGCCACGUGGCCCGACAGCGCCUUCAUCACCCUGGAGCUCGGCGCCGUCGGCCCCUUCAAGCUCAGCGUGUUCCGCCUCACCUGGCGCACGGCGUUCGUCUGCCUCACCACCCUCAUCGCCAUGAUGCUCCCCUUCUUCGGCAACGUCGUGGGCCUGCUCGGCGCCGUCUCGUUCUGGCCGCUCAGCGUCUACUUCCCCGUCGAGAUGUACAUCGCGCAGCGCGGCGUGCGCAGGUGGAGCACGCGCUGGGUCUGUCUCCAGACGCUCAGCGCCGCGUGCCUCCUUGUCUCCGUCGCCGGCGCCGUAGGCUCCACGGCCGGCGUCAUAGACGCAGUCAAGUUGCACCGGCCGUUCAGUGGUGGCUGA